GCGAACGUCACAUAAUACCAAAGAAGAAGAACGUCAUGACGUAACCUCAGAAUCUGACAGAAAAACUCACAACAGUUUACUCGAACCGGGUAAUAGUCAUAAUCAUCAAGACAACCUGGAAGAGACGGAUGUAUCUAAGAGUAUUACACAGCAUGGACUUUAUGUAAAUAUCGUUACAGCAAGAUGUGAAAUGACCCAGGAGAAAAUACCGACUGAGACCAACGACAUCAUGUUGGUCCGAAACAUGAGAGAUGGGACCCCUCACACCACCGGCCGUGCCAAGGUGUCCCAUGCAGUUGUGGUCAUCUUUCUAGAGUUCUUUGCUUGGGGACUACUUACAACACCAAUGCUGACUGUUCUUCAUGAAACGUUCCCCCAGCACACAUUUCUCAUGAAUGGUCUGAUUCAAGGUGUUAAGGGGUUGCUGUCUUUCCUGAGUGCCCCUCUGAUAGGUGCCUUAUCAGAUGUUUGGGGCAGGAAGUCCUUCCUGCUGGUUACAGUGUUCUUCACCUGUGCCCCAAUCCCCCUAAUGAGGAUAAGCCCAUGGUGGUAUUUUGCCAUGAUAUCAGUCUCGGGCGUCUUCGCUGUGACUUUCUCUGUAAUCUUUGCAUAUGUUGCAGACAUCACUGAAGAACAUGAAAGAAGCACAGCAUAUGGACUGGUGUCAGCAACGUUUGCCGCCAGUUUGGUCACGAGUCCCGCCAUCGGUGCCUACCUUUCUGCAAAUUACGGCGACAGUUUGGUGGUGCUAGUGGCCACUAUCAUCGCAGUGGUGGAUAUCGCCUUUGUCCUAUUGGUCGUGCCAGAAUCUCUCCCAGACAAAAUGAGACUGACGUCCUGGGGGUCGCCUAUCUCUUGGGAGCAAGCUGACCCCUUUGCUUCUCUUAGGCGAGUGGGAAAGGACCCGACAGUGCUGCUUAUAUGUGUCACAGUGUUCCUGUCCUACUUGCCAGAGGCAGGCCAGUACUCCAGUUUCUUCCUCUACCUGCGACAGGUUAUUGAAUUCUCACCUGCAGCAAUUGCUGCUUUUAUAGCAAUGGUCGGGAUCCUCUCUAUUAUCGCUCAGACAUUGCUCUUAACCUAUUUUAUGAGAACUAUCGGGAAUAAAAACACAGUGUUACUUGGACUGGGGUUUCAGCUGUUCCAGCUAGCCUGGUAUGGCUUUGGAUCAGAACCAUGGAUGAUGUGGGCUGCGGGCACAGUCGCAGCCAUGUCCAGUAUCACCUUCCCUGCAGUCAGUGCUUUGGUGUCCCGGAUAGCAGCCUCUGAUCAGCAAGGAUGUGUCCAGGGAAUGAUUACGGGUAUCAGAGGCCUAUGCAAUGGCCUGGGUCCAGCUCUGUAUGGCUUCAUAUUCUUCCUGUUCAACGUGGAGCUGAACGAGCUUGACCCUAUGACAGGAAGAAACAAAAGCACACCUCAGGAGCCCAGCGAGAAACCGACCAUUCCCGGGCCGCCCUUCCUUUUCGGAGCCUGUUUAGUGUUGCUGGCUCUCCUUGUGGCCAUCUUCAUCCCUGACCACCACAGUAUGGCAGUGAAGACCUACACGGACACUUGCAAAAUCAGCACCAGCAACAACCUCCAGAGUUUAAACCCCCUGCCUACCAGCGAAGAGGACAUAGAGCCUCUCCUGCAGGACAGCAGCAUGUGACUGUCUGAAAGGGACUCCAACAUGAGCCCCCCUAAUGACCCCCAAACUACAACCUCAACCAGCAGCAGCCGACAUGGAGCCAUUCAGGGUAUAUCCUUCAACCACAUUGAAAACACAAAGUUCUGUUUCUACGAUUAGGGAUCGGUCUUUUGUCCAGCGAGAUGGUUUUAUCGUUUACUGUGAUUUUACAUUGCGACAAGGACAGAAACACUUCUUAAUGCACCGGGUUGAGUGACAAUGUGUUUUGGUGUUUAACAUUGCCCUAGACAGUGUUUGUGGAGUUGAAGAGAUGACCGUAAGCUCUGCUGGUUUCUCAUAUGCUUAAAGAACCCCCCCUCCUAUUAAUGGGUUUUAAAGGCCAAUCAAUGCCCACUCUAGCUUUAUGUUAAUAAAAUAUUGACCUGUAUCUCAUCAAAGUUACUGUGCAAUCUAGAUUGUAAACGGAUUGGUGUAUAGUUAGGUAAAUACACUACCUGACAAAGUAUGUGGACACCUGCUCUUAGACCAUCUCAUUCCAAAAUCAUGGGCAUUAAUAUGGAGUUGGUCCCCCCCCCUUUGCUGCAAUAACAACCUCCACUCUUCUGGGAAGGCUUUCUACUAGGUGUUGGAACAUUGCUGCGGGGACUUGCUUCCAUUCAGCCACAAGAGCAUUAGUGAGGUAGAGCACUGA